CAUGCAUAGCCUCAAGUGUUUAAACCUGUCAUUUUAUUUCAUGAUCAUUCUUACCCUUCAGAUCUAUCUGGUGUAACUCAUCGAAUUUAUAUACCUUAUUAUUGUAGUCCACUUAUAGAGAAAAAGAAGGAGAUGGUUCAUUCGAUGCUUAAAUCGAAUGGCAAGCUAUGGUCUGAAUACAGGAUAGAGAUAGAUGAUGAUGACAUAGGAUCAAUCAGUAGUCAGAUAAAGAAAAAAAGACGUGGUAAUCUACCAAAAUCGAUCACAUCCAUUCUAAGACAAUGGUUAAUUGAACAUUGUCAUAAUCCAUAUCCAACUGAAUCAGAAAAAAAGGAAUUGAAACAAAAGACUGGUUUAACAUUAAAUCAAAUAAGCAACUGGUUUAUCAAUGCCAGGCGAAGAUUAUUACCACAGAUAAUAGAAGGUUCAAAGCGCCAUCAUAGAAAGGUACAUUCUACAAGGAAAUGAACACUCCUUUAUGAAUAAAAAGACAUUUGUGGAGAGACAGCAAUGUUUUUUUUUUUUUUUCUUU